GUAUGGAGAAGAAAGAAAACAGUACCGAUGAAAAGUUGAAAACAAUCAUGAAAAUGUUGUAUAAAUUGGAUGUGUUUAACCAAGAGCAAAAGCCGCAUAUUGCCAUCAAUAAUGAGUCGAUCAGUUCAUUGUCAUCAAAAUUGAAUGUAAUUUCAUCGAAACUGGACUCAGUUAGUAGCUCCGGUUCUAACAGCAGCAACAGCAGUGGCAGCAACAAUAACAGCAACAACAACAACAAUGCAACAAGUGAUACAAGCCGUCAAACAGCAAAUUCGUAUGCAAGUGUCGCAAAAAAAGGCAAUGUGAAGCCAGCCGUGGUCAUCAGGCCAAAAAAUAGACAAGACAGCAAGAAAACAUUUGAAGACAUCACAAAAAAUGUAGAAAGAGAUGCAGUGAAUGUAUGUGGCACGAGAAAUGUCAAAGAUGGAGGAAUUGUUCUCCGUUGUGUCAAUGCAACUGAGACAAUGAAAGUGAAGCAAAUUGUGAGCGAAAAACUGGGCGAUGAUUAUGAGGUGGUCUUGCCAAAGGUCAAGCAUCCCAGACUUCGUAUCACAAACAUUCCGGUCGAAUCACAGAAAGAGUUGGUUAUCGAAGAGCUAAAAAAACACAACGAAACUAUCCGAGGCAUGGACAUCAAAUUGGUGACAGUAAUAAACAAAAAAGCAACAAGUCGACAAACAGCAUCGAAUGAAAUUGUUAUUGAAAUCAAUGGAGCCGACUACAGUAAAUUCAUGGAAUUGAAAGUGUUGAAACUGCCAUGGAGAGAAUGCCGGAUUUUUGAACACGUUUAUAUGAAACGUUGCUACAAAUGCCUUGGCUUCUCUCAUAUUGCUAAUGACUGCAAAAAUGAACAAAAGUGUAGUAAAUGUGCUGGACCACACAAAUUCUCCGAAUGCAAAUCAAAAAAAGUGAGCUGCGCAAACUGUCGUCAUGCAAAUGAGUCACUCAAACAUAAAAUGUCAACAAAUCAUCAUGCCUGGAGUAAAGACUGCACAAUUUAUAAGCGGCGCAUAGAAUCGCUUGUAAACAAAAUCGAAUACAAUGCAUCGGAGUAGCAA